AGACAAAACUGAAUUAAUUCAUCUCGUGCACGAUGUACGUACGUUAACUUGGAGAGACAAAUCCCCUCCAGCUUUUCCCCGGAUUAUAAUAAUUGACCCAGUCCGCCGGUUGGGGAGAGAACGUGCUUGCAUAUUUACAUGCAGAUCAUUUUUCCUUUUCCUCCUUUUUUCCCUCCGUGUUUGUUUUCAUUGAAAGAUAGCCAACGGAAAGACGCUUUUGAAGCCAUUUGUGCAAUCAAUUCACCCACUUCGAAACAUACUCGAGUCAUAGACUGUGCGUUCCGACAAAGUCCCCGACCAAAUCUCACAGCAAAGAAAACCACCACAACAACCAAGAAGAUGAAACAAAAUAGACAUUGAGGCUGUCGGUCGGUUCGGAUUUGCUUUCGGUUAUACGCUCAACAUCGCACUUCCUGGUCCGACCAUCCGACUACCGCCAUUAUGCAUAGCGAAUAGCUUUUAUACCCAAACAUGGGAGUACCGGACUCGGAAAAGGUCACUCGGCCAACGGAGCCUGAUGCUCUCGUUCUCGAGGCAUGGGGCCAGGGACUGCUAGUUGGAGCAUUGCUGGUGAUGUUUGCCAUUACUAUUGCCAACAUGCGACGGCGGGUGCUUUUACACAAGCUUAUUCUUGCCGAGCUCUUUCUAGCCAUGUUCCACGGAACUUGGAUUUUUACCCAUGAGCCCGCUUAUGGAUGGUAUCUAUCUGUGACGGCAAUUGGUUUGAACGUCUCAUGGAGUCUGCACAACGUGAUUGCUUGGAUGAAAAACCGUCCAUUUCUGUCUUGUCGCGUUUCAGCGUUCUACAUUACCACCGUCAUUCUGGUGCAGCCAUACUGGGUUUUAGAGAUAUAUGCGAACUUUACCUACUUUAACAACAUCAACAAGAUUUUUAUCAAGACUCGGCCGCUGGAGCCUUUAUUCCGUGAUCCCUGGUGGCUAUUUACCACCUGCUCCCUAUUCUACGUGAUCAAAAAACAGUACGAUUUCAGCCUCUUCGAGCUGAUUAAAGUCAGUCCACGAUUCGGGGUAAUGCUCCUCUCCAUGUGUUUAUCGCUGGCCUUUACCGUAUUCGACAUCUUGAGUGUGACCAAUGUGUUUUCAUCCGCUUUACCAACAGGGGUUGAGCCUUUCUGGAAGUUAUCCUUCAUAUUCAAAUGUCUCUGCGACACCGUCAUUCUCGACGACUUCAAAACCGCUCUCGAUCGCAUGCAUAACUACUGGCUUCGGCGCAUGGACCCAAACCUCGAAAUCGGACCCGAUGAGUAUACUUUUUCCUCAAUGAACCCGCAAUCCUACCGUGACGGUCGCCGAAAAUCAUCCCUGCGAGAUAUAGAAGAAGAGACGGCAACAUUAGGACUAUCGGUCAUGAACCCAGCUGCAAAGUACGCAACUCAGCCCAAUUCAAAGACCUCGGUCGACACAGCUGAAAAACAAAUCCUUCAACAGCAACGAACAGGGUCAUUUGCGCAUUUGAACUACGUAAAUACUCCCCAGUCGACGAAGCGAGUUCCUGUCCCCGUGCAGGUGAAGACUAAAGAGAGCCGUUCUUGGUAUGAUGUGUGAAUGAUAAUUGAUGUUUUCAAAUGUUGCAUCAUGUAUAUAGUUGAUUUCUGUUUAGCGAUAGGCGCUCGGGGGCGGCAUGAGUCGAUAUACCCAUUAAUGAAAUGAAUU